AUGGAUUCAAUUAAAAUUGAAGAUAAAAAUAUAAAAUACUAUAGGGUUGAUUUUAAAACUCCUUUGAAAAGUGAUAAAUAUCAAAUUUAUGGAACCAUUUUUAAUGAAAAUCUUGAAAAGUGCUUUGAUAUUAUCAUCAAAUUUAAAUAUUUUGAUCAAUAUGGAUUUUCAACAAUCAUUGAAAAAUUUGAUGGAAAUCAAAACGUUUCUCGUAUUUUAUGGGCAAUGGUUGGUUCUCCUAUGGAAGUAGGAUUUUAUAGCAAAGACACUAGAAAAUUAGAAAUGAUGAAUAGUGAAGAGAGUUCUGGAACUGACUUAGGUGAUAUCUUUAACACAUCUUCAUUAAAUAAUUUUUUUGGUGGUGAAGAUUUUGGAUAUUUGCUUGAUGGAAAAAUAUAA